AUGAAGUCGCUGUCCUUGGAGCAGCUGCAGCGCCGGUUUGACCGACUCCGGGCUUUGCAGUGCCGACUGGCACGUCCUCCAGUGAAGCACUUCAUUGCCUGUGGGAAGAGGUAUGAUCUGCCUCUUAGGGCGAGAACUGCUAAGCCAUGUGUUGAUGUCAUUCCUCCACGCGUUGUCGACUAUAUGGCUGGUUUUUUCGAUGGGGAUGGAUGUGUGAGCAGACACAGGAGCGAGUACCAACUCAGCGUUGGUCAAGCAGAAUCCGGCAGCGAGGUUCUGCUUCUCUUCAGGAACUUGCUGGGGGGCGGAAUCUAUUCGGUGGACAAAGCGCUGGUCACACAGCAGGUCAUGUUGCAGUGGUCUGUAUUCAGCAAACGUGCUCGACAUGCUGCAGCCAGCCUCAGCAUUGGCUCUUGUUCUAAAUAUUACCAGCUACGGCUGGCUGCAGCGAUCCUGCCAGAAUGGAGCCGGCAGCAAAGCAUGAAACCAUCGAGGUCACUUUGCCCUUCUUGGUCCUACUUAGCUGGCUUUUUCGAUGCGGAGGGAUGCAUAAGAGUUAGAUACCCGGCCAGACUGACAUUACAGAUCGUGCAAACAUGUCCGCACGUGUUGUUCGCAAUCCAAGAGUUCCUGGCGUAUGUGGGUAUGCGAUGCUCCGUUCGUGAUUAUGGACGCCGUCACCAGCUGGAAGCCAACAGGACAGAAGAGUGCAGGCUCAUAUUGAAGAGACUCUUGAUAGCAGGCCUCCGAGUGAAGCGGCAUGCAGCCAGGAUCUCAUUGGAGCUGGCGCCAGGCAACUUCCACCACGUUCGAAGCGAAUUGGAGAAAGUGGUCGGGCUCCAAAGUCGCUACAAGCGACUCACUGCCGCAGGAGCUGAGCGUGCGUAUGAGAUAGAAAAGCUAAGAAGAAAGAUAGACCGCCGAGGCGGUAUCUCGGAAAUAGAACGGCAUCGGCUGGUCCAUCUACGAGCUACUCACCGCUUAAAGUACGCAGAGGAACGGUAUGUGCUGCUUCGUGCCGAUAUUCGAUCACAACUGCGUCAAGGAGCCUGGAUCAGGAAUGCGUAG